AUGUUGAAGAUAUGGUCUAUGAAAUCUGCCCAGCAAAAAGCUGAAAAUGCUGAUGGCGCAGCUGGAAAAAAGAAGAAAGUCACACCCGCUCAACUACGGGUACAAAAAGAUCUCUCCGAGCUAUCUUUAGGAUCGACUAUGAAAACUGUAUUCCCCGACCCGGAUGAUAUCCUCAAUUUCGUGCUCGAAAUCACACCAGAUGAAGGCAUCUACCAAGGCGGAUUAUUCACCUUCACAUUCACCAUGGGCCCGAACUACCCGCAUGAGCCACCCAAGGUGCGCUGCCAGCAGAAGAUCUACCAUCCCAACAUCGAUCUCGAGGGCAAGGUGUGCUUAAAUAUUCUGCGCGAGGACUGGAAACCGGUACUUAACCUGAAUGCCGUCAUUGUUGGUCUACAGUUCCUAUUUCUCGAACCGAACGCCUCGGAUCCUCUAAAUAAAGAAGCUGCCGAUGACCUACGUUCGAGCCGCGAAAACUUCCGAAGAAACGUACGUGCCGCUAUGAGCGGUGGUUCGAUACGCGGAGUUACAUAUGAUCGUGUGCUUUCUGGUAGGUAA